UUGGCCACAUUAGUCCUACACUGUUGCAUUUGCAUUUGCCCCCACUGUCGAAAAAAAGCGAAGCGAAAAUAAAGCUGAGCGCAGAAAAUGCCAACCAAAUGGUAGGCUAAACUAACCAACACGAGUCGAAUCCCGAACCAGGCAAUCCAGCGAACAGAAGGAGCAGAACGAGGACCAGCAGGUGACCACCACUGGAAAAGCGGAGCGGUAUAGAGAAGCGCACUUGCAGUUUGCAGUUCGCAGUUGCAGUUGCAUUUUGCAUUCGCUGGCCGACAUGAACGAGGAAAUCGUGCAGCGUGAGCAGCGCGGCGGCGAAGAAUCCGCCUCCUCCGUCUCGCCCAAAAAAGCAGCGGCAGCAGCAGCGGCAGCGGCGGCGGCCUUGGAAUCCCAAAUGACGACGACAACGACCGCCAGCAGCAGCAGUAGCAGCAACAACCCUGCCCCCGCGCCCACCACCAGUGGAGCAGGUGCAUCUGCGUCUGGAUGUGGAGGGCAGGAGAAGCAGCAGCAGCAGCAGCAGCAGCAGCCCCAGCUGAAUGCCACCGAUAUGCGCGAGCUGCGCGAUAUCAAGCAACUGCUGUGGGGCGACAAUGUGCGCGAAGAUGUAUUCGAGCGUUGGUCUCAAGGAUUCGAGUUUAGUAAAGUGGAACCGUCGGCAUUGGUGCAGAAGCAGGGCGGUCCAUGUGCUGUGAUAGCGCCGGUGCAGGCGUACUUGCUUAAGAUAAUUAUCAUGGACAUGCCAGGCGUCAAGCUGUCGGAGAUUCCCCACGACAAAAGCCAAAACCUGCUGAUCCAGGCCCUGUGCAACAUCCUGAAGAACUGUCGGGCGCCACGCUACCGCAUUGUCCAUCUACUGCGCCGUCGUGGGAAUGCCACAGAGAGUGGUUUAACCAAAGAGCGCUCGCCGGCCGCCGAGGCAGGAACUGGACCGGCUGGUCAACUGCUGGACGGCGAGGAGGCAGCCGGCGGUGCAGUCGAACUAGCGGCUGAAGCAACGCCAGCCUCGGUCAACGAGUUGUCCCAGGACUUGCAGCAGGAGUUCGACAACGAUCCGCAUCGCGAAUUGUCACCGGAUGAGUUCCACGAGCGCUUGCACACGCUCCAUUUCGAGGAUAUCGCCUCCGUGGCUGUCUUCUAUAUGGAGAACUACGGCCAGCUGGCGCACACGUACGGCGUUCUGUUGUUCAUGUACUCGGUAUUCCUCACCAAGGGAUCGGAGCAGGUGGCCGCCGACAUAUCCGACACGUCGGAGCCGCUGAUACACAGCACCUACGGGUACGGCGGCCAGUCGCUGAUCAACCUGAUGCUAACCGGACGUGCGGUGGCCCAUGUCUGGGACAAUGAGCAGGAUGUCGGUGGUCUGAAGCUGCGCGGCAUCUGUGAGCAGAGUGACAUCGGUUUCAUAACGCUAAUGGAGCAGAUGCGCUACUGUACUGUGGGUUCCUUCUUCAAGAAUCCUCGCUUCCCCGUUUGGGUAAUGGGCUCCGAUACGCAUUUAACCGUUCUGUUCAGCAACGAAAAGAGGCUUGUCUCACCGGAGACGCCCUCGGAGAUUGGUCGUCGCAUCUUUAAAUCCUACGAUCCGGAGGGCAACAAUUUCAUAUCGACCACCAUGCUGCGCGAAGUCCUUGCCGCACUGAAUCUGGUCAGCGAGCCAGCCUAUGUGGCACUUAUGCAAAAGCGUUUGGAUCCGGAGAACUUGGGCAUCAUUCUGCUGAACGCCUUCAUGGACGAGUUCUUUCCGCUGGAGCGUCGCUCCACUCCGGAUACCUUCGAGCUGAUGCACUACAAUGGGAUACCGGGCUCCAAUGAAAACAAUAGGGUGCGUUACUAUUGCGGGUCGGCCAUUCUGCUAGAGGGAGAUCUGAAGUCGAUCUGCACCUCGAAUCCAAUGGUCACCUGCCUGCAGACCAAGUGGCCGAACAUCGAGAUCAACUGGCACGACGCCCAUAUGCCCUCCCUGAAUUGACGACGUCAAGGGGGCCAAGGAAAACCAAAAGGAAGAAAGGCGCACCCAGGAGCUACUGGGAUGGAGAAAUUACAGCUGUAGACGCAAAUGAAUGCGAUUGCACACUUUUAUUUGAAUCACCCUUCAAUUGUUUACUUUUAUUUAUUUGAGAAUGUUUAUGAAACUGCUGGAGUGGAACGCACGAACCAACCAACCAACCAACCAACUAACAAUCCUACAAGGAAGAGCCCGGCAGCUAAACACUAACAAAUGCGCUUUUGAAGAGAGCAGCAGCCAUGUUGAAGGAUCCACAGGAGAAUAGAAGAUUUACGCCAAGCGUUGACUCACACAAAACAUCAAAAAAAAAAAAAAAAACAACAAAUAUGAUGCAUAACUGUAUGCAACAUGGAAAAAAUGCAAAAAAAAAAAAAAAAAUAAGUGAAAAGGAGGGGAAAAGAAAAAGCAUACAUCUUAUAAGAAACUAAAAUUUAAUUUCAAGAAUUGUAAGUUUAAAUUUGCAUUGCAAAAACGAAACUCAACUAAAAAUACAGGCAACACAAAUAUACCUUUAUGAAUAAACUAAAACUAAAGAACAAA